AAUCUAUCUUUCGAUAAUCGUCAACUCGCUGUGUCAAAGAAACGACGAUCAAAAUCCACGUAAAACGCAGAUCCAAAUUGAAAUUUGUGUCCUAUUCCUUCUCUUUUCACAUCACUCGAUCCUAAUCAAGUCUUUCCAUUUUUGCCCUAGACUCGCUUCUCCUACCCUACUUGUUAACUUCCAUUAGGUCAAUCCAUGAUUUUCACUUUUCAAUAAUUUCGUAUUUCUUGCCUUUUUUUUUUCUUUUUAAUUCAGGAUUUUCUGUGCUCCUUCAUUGAGCUUAGAUGGAUUUGGCGUCUCGUUACAAGGGGGUUGUUGGGUUUGUUUUUGGCAAUGAGAACUCUAAUUCCAGUGAGGAUAGUUAUGUUGAACGCUUGCUCGACCGUAUAAGCAAUGGUGUCCUUGCGGAGGACCGGAGGAAUGCUAUUGCAGAGCUUCAGACCAUUGUGGCUGAAAGCCGUGCUGGGCAGUUAGCUUUUGGUGCUAUGGGUUUUCCUGUACUCAUGGGUGUCUUAAAGGAAGAACGAGAUGAUGUUGAAAUGGUUCGUGGUGCUCUUGAAACUCUUGUUAGUGCUUUGACACCUAUUGAUCAUGCAAAAGGGCCUACAAAUGAGGUUCAGCCAGCUUUAAUGAAUACUGAUUUGCUUUCCCGAGAAUCAGAGAGCAUUUCUCUUCUACUAAGUUUGCUGUCUGAGGAGGAUUUCUAUGUGCGAUAUUACACUCUUCAAAUUUUAACAGCCCUUCUCACUAAUUCUCCAAAUAGGUUACAGGAAGCCAUUCUGUCUAUUCCUCGUGGUAUUACUCGACUCAUGGAUAUGCUGAUGGACCGUGAGGUUAUACGGAAUGAAGCCUUACUGCUUCUUACAUACUUGACUCGUGAAGCUGAGGAGAUUCAAAAGAUUGUAGUCUUCGAAGGUGCAUUUGAAAAAAUUUUUAGUAUCAUGAAGGAGGAAGGAGGUUCUGAUGGGGGUGUGGUUGUGCAGGAUUGUCUUGAGUUGCUGAACAACCUUCUUCGCAGUAAUGCCUCAAAUCAGGUGCUACUAAGGGAGACUAUAGGUUUUGAUCCCUUAAUAUCAAUCUUGAAACUAAGAGGAAGUUCCUACAGUUUUACUCAACAGAAGACAAUUAAUUUACUCAGUGCGUUGGAAACUAUUAAUUUGUUGAUGAUGGGAGGCUCGGAAGCAGAUCCUCAAAAAGAUUCAAACAAGAUCACCAAUAAAACAGUCCUAGCUCAGAAGAAGUUAUUGGACCAUCUACUAAUGCUGGGUGUUGAAAGCCAAUGGGCUCCAAUUGCUCUGCGCUGUUCGGCACUAAGGUGCAUUGGUGAUUUGGUUGCUGGGCAUUCCAAGAAUCUGGAUGCCCUCUCCAGCAAAGUUCUUGGUGAGGAGCGACAAGUAGAACCUGCUUUGAAUUCUAUUCUCCGAAUUAUUCUGCGAACAUCUAGUAUGCAAGAGUUUAUUGCAGCUGACCAUGUUUUUAAGAACUUCUGUGAGAAAAACACGGAUGGGCAAGCAAUGUUAGCAUCCACAUUAAUUCCACAUCCAAAUUCAAUGACUGAUGCUUCCCUUGAGGAGGAUGUGAACAUGUCAUUUGGAAGCAUGCUUUUACACGGUCUUGCAUUGAGUGAAAGCGAUGGUGAUCUUGAGACUUGUUGCAGGGCUGCUAGUGUUAUUACUCAUAUUCUUAAGGACAAUAGUCAGUGUAAGGAAAAGGUUCUACAGAUUGAGCUUGAAGCGCCAAUGCCAUCCUUAGGGGCUCCAGAGCUACUAUUGCACCGAAUUGUUAGGUACUUGGCAGUUGCAUCUUCAAUGAAAAAUAAAGAUGGGAAGCCAGGUUACUCGUAUGUUCAACCAAUUAUCUUGAAACUGCUCAUCACUUGGCUAGCAGAUUGCCCAAAUGCAGUGCAAUGCUUCUUAGAUUCACGGCCCCACUUAACGUAUCUGCUGGAGUUGGUGUCAAGUACAUCAUCAACUGUGUGCGUUAGGGGGUUGGCUGCAGUUCUCUUGGGAGAAUGUGUGAUUUACAAUAAAUCUAGUGAAAAUGGAAAGGAUGGUUUUACCAUAGCUGAUGCCAUAAGCCAGAAAAUUGGACUUACAUCCUACUUUCUGAAGUUUGAUGAGAUGCAGAGAAGCUUCAUUUUCUCUUCAGUGAAGCCAGCUCAGUCCCAUAAACCAUUGACAAGAUCAACUACUGCUAGUAUGGCAGAGAUUGAAGAUGUUGAUGAGAAUGAUUUGACAGAUCAGAAGAAUGAAGAUCAUCCAAUCCUCACAUCGGUAUUUGAUGCUCAGUUUGUUAAUUUUGUGAAAGGUUUGGAAGUGAAUAUUAGAGAGAGAAUUGUAGAUGUUUAUAGUCGCCCUAAGAGUGAUGUGGCAGUUGUGCCAGCCGAACUGGAACAAAAGGGUGGAGAAAGUGAUAAGGAGUAUAUCAAGCGGCUAAAAGCAUUCGUGGAGACACAGUGCUCUGAGAUACAGAAACUUCUUGGCCGAAAUGCCACUUUGGCUGAGGAUUUGGCAAGGACAGGUCAUUCUCAUCCUGAGCUUAUGGCAGGCAGUGGCUCAGAUAGAGUUCAGGUAGAAACUCUUCGUAGAGAUCUUCAGGAAGCAUCUCAAAGGGUAGAGAUGCUGAAGGCAGAAAAAGCUAAGAUUGAAUCAGAGGCAUUAAUGUACCAGAAUUUGGCAGGGAAGCUGGAGUCUGAUCUCAAGAGUCUUUCAGAUGCUUACAAUAGUCUUGAACAGACCAAUAUCCACCUAGAAAAAGAGGCGAAAACUUUGAAGAGCGGAGGGACAUCAACAUCUCCCGAUAUCGAGGCAAUAAAAGCUGAAGCUAGGGAAGAAGCCCAGAAGGAAAGCGAAGCAGAGCUGAAUGAUUUACUCGUGUGCCUCGGACAAGAGCAGAGCAAGGUGGAAAAGUUGAGUGCAAGGUUAUCUGAAUUAGGUGAGGAUGUAGACAAACUGCUCGAAGGUAUUGGAGACGAUAUGGCGCUUCCUGAAGAUGAAGACGAAGAAGAUUGAUGGAGCUUGUAUUAGUACUACUAGUGCCAAAUAUUAUUGUCUUCAACCUCUCUUGAGGUAGGCUGGUUGUAUGUUGUCAGCUCCCAAUUUGUACAUUUCCUGGGGAAACUGUGCAGUUUAUUAUUUACCAAGGAGGAUUAAUUAAUCUUUGUUCA